AUAUUCCUUCAAUUGUCCCUCAAAACCACACAAAGAAUCCCAACCACAAUUCAUAAUAAACAACCUAACAUAACAUCACCACCACCAACAACAACAUAUUCUUGUAAUAUCCAAAAACUGUUCCUCGUCACAAACAAAACAACCUUAUUUCUUGGAAAUGGAGUCUGUUGCCUCCAGUUCCAAUUCAACACCGAAUGACACCAACAAUAAUAACCGCCGCCGCCACUCUCGUUUCAAACACAGCCAACCAAUUUCAGACAGAAUAGUAAGAGCUCUCCGCCACCAUCUCCGUCUCCUCCACCGUACCGGCUCAACCUUCUUCAUAUUCGGCGCAACCGGUAACGUCUACACAGUAACAUUAUCCCCUACACCCACAUGCACGUGCCCGGACCGAACAAGCCCAUGCAAACACAUAAUCUUUGUCUUGAUUCGAGUUCUAGGCGUUUCGCAAAACGACGCGUGUGUCCGACGAAGAAACCUACGACCAUGUCAUCUUCAAAGACUCCUUAACAUGCCAACGUUGCCGGAAGCGGUUGCAGGGUUUACGCUACGACAGAGAUUUCAUCAGCUGUUCUUUGAAGGAGGGUCUAAGAAGGGGAAGAAUAAUGUAGAGAUGGAAGAAGGUUCGACAUGUCCGGUCUGUCUUGAAGAGAUGCGGAAGGAAGAGAAGUUGGUGGCUUGUGGAACAUGUAGGAAUGUUAUUCAUGAAGAGUGUUUGGUUAGGUGGAAGAGAACUCGAGGAAGAAGAUCGGCGAGUUGUGUGAUUUGUAGGGCAAGGUGGAGGGAUAGAGUGGAACAAGAUAAGUAUGUUAAUCUUUCUGCUUAUGUUAGUGAGGAUGAUUUUAGGGCACAAUCAUCUGGGGGGAUAUGUAAUGACUAGCAUAGCAUGUAGAAGAUCUCGUGUUUAGUUUAUGAUUAUUGUUGUUGAUAUUGUAAAUAUUUGUUUAAUGAUUGAUUAGUGUUUCAUGUGAAAGAAAAUGGAAGUCAAAUUAAAUUUAA